UCCAUCCCGUCGCCUGCCAUGCUCAGAUGUCCCGACGCCAUCGCUGCCGAGUCUGCCUUUCAGUCUGUCAUUGAUAGGAUCAAUGAGAAGAUUCAACUGGAAUUCAGCUACAUUGGCUCGCUGGAUGAAGAAGAGGACUACGGCGUCAAGUGCAUGCAUGGUCCGCAAGAGUGCGCUGGCAACAUUCAGCAGCUCUGCGUGCAACGCAUCCUCCGCCCUUCUCGCGCCGGCCGGGACUUUGACCUAUCCCCCUCGGCAGCCCAGCGUAAAGUCUGGGACUUUGUAGGCUGUCAAGACUACGACGGCGCAGCCCACAUCGGCUCUCCUUCCCUCGCCAAGGAAUGUCUCUCCACGAUCAGAGGCCCACGCUGGAUCGAGGAUGGGGUCAAGGAGUGUGUAGAAGGCAAGCAGGGGCGCAAGCUACUGCAGGAGAGUGUGAAACGUUCUGAAAAGCUCGGAAUCACCAAGAGCGCUACGAUUCAGCUCGAGGGCAAGACGAUUUGCAUUCGUGAUGGAGGACAGUGGAAAGAUUGCGACGGCGGUCAUGAGACGAGAGACUUUGUGAGGCAGAUCGAAGAGGCGUGGGACGAGAAGAUGAGGCAGAGGAGAUUGCUCGACUGA